AUAAAUCGGGAGACAUGCUCGCGCCGGCUGAACUACUCAAACAAAAAGUAUUCUCUCGCUCGCUCCAAUACAAGCAAUAUGCAAACUAUGACCGUUUCUCCGAUCAACUUCCCGGCUUUCCGUUGCCUUUCCGACUUCACUCAUCAGACUUCUGUCGGCGCUCCCUUACCUGACGUCCAAAUCCGAACUUCCGGCGGCUUAAGCAUCCCGGCGCAUUCUAGCAUUCUGGCUUCGGUUUCACCUGUGUUGGAGAACAUCUUAGAUCGACCUCGAAAGCGUUCGACUUCUGAGAACAUAAUUCCUAUUCUCGGCGUUCCCUGUGAUUCCGUGGUCGCGUUUGUUCGGUUUCUGUAUUCAUUAAGAUGCACCGAGGAAGAAAUGGACAACUACGGGAUCCAUCUAUUGGCAUUGUCGCACGUGUUCUCGGUACCCCAGCUGAAACAGAGAUGCACGAGAGCGUUGAGUGGACGGUUGACUGUGGAGAACGUGGUGGACGUGCUCAAACUCGCGAGAAUGUGUGAUGCUCCGGAUCUUUACCUCAAGUGCAUGAAGUUGGUGUCCAACGAGUUCAAAGCCGUGGAGAACACAGAAGGAUGGAAAUUCCUGCAAAAUCACGAUCCUUGGCUGGAACUCGAGAUCCUACAGUUCCUUGAUGAAACCGAAUCGAGGCGGAAGCGGCGGAGUAAGAAGAGGGAGGAGCAGAAUCUAUAUGUGCAGCUAAGCGAAGCGAUGGAGUGCUUGGAACACAUAUGUACGGAAGGCUGCACGAGUGUUGGGCCAUACGAUAAGGAGCCCACGAAGAACAGGGAACCCUGCAGCAAGUUCAGCACUUGCCACGGUGUACAGCUCUUGAUUCGACAUUUCGCUGGGUGUAACAAGAGGGUGAACGGAGGUUGCUGCCGCUGCAAGCAGAUGUGGCAACUUCUCCGGCUUCACUCUUCCAUGUGUGACCAAACCGAUUGUUGCAGAGUUCCUAUGUGCAGGCAAUUCAAAUUGAGAGCGCAACUUGAUAAGAAAGGGGACGAUGCAAGGUGGAGACUUCUUGUGAGGCGAGUGAUGUCUGCCAAAGCUAUGUCUUCGUUGUACUUGGCCAAGAGGAGGAGAGAAUAAGAGACGAGAGACCACGGAUGCUAAGGGAACCAGAGGCUUUACAACAUUUCGAUGAGCCACUAUGAUGAUAUCAUUUUUAUUCAAAAUUCCUUAUCUUAAAAAGAGGAAUUUUUUUCAUAAAUGUGUUCCUUUGACUGAUUUCAUCCAUCAAUAUCACGUUUGUAGACUCCUUUUCUACGUGUUUGAAAGUAAAUGGGAAAAAGUCUCUCUCCGAAAAGUAGGUUAGGGUCGCUUUAGAAGCUGUAUAACAAGAGGUAGGUGGUGUCUCAUGUCUGAGAUGAUUCGGAAUGAAAACUAUGUUGUACGUUCUGAACUUUUAACAGGACGUUCUUGUAAAUAAUGUUGAGCCUGGCGGCCCAGGCCCGUUGUGUGAAUAAAAAAUCAGUAAGGCAAGGCCUUUUUUUUU